AUGACCAAAAAGAAACCCUCUCCACAAAAUCGCAUCUGGGAGAAGGAGCGACGGGAACGGUUGAACAAAACAUUCGAAGAUCUUCAACGUCUUCUUCCUGACCAUGAACCAACAUCAACGCUCAGCAAGGUGGAAAUCCUCCAACGGGCCAUUGAGCUUAUUACUAAACUACAAAAAAAGAUUAAGGUGCUGGUAGAAGAAUGUAACGAUCCACUGAAAGAACAUGUUAAGGAGCAAGAGCAACGUCUAAAGCGGAUGCUAGUGAGAAAUGAAGAACUGGCGGGAUUAUUGCGUAAGGCAAAAAUUAACGUUCCACCGUGCAAGUAUACGAUAGCCGAGGAGGAAAUACAGCGACAAAGUGAGGAGAAAGAAAAUGGAAAUCGGGAAAAGAAACCGGCACCGAAGCAACGUCGCACCGGAACAGCUCCCAAAAAACCACCUGUGAUAGCUAAACAGCCUCCAGCGAGUGUAGCGAGUUCGGAGUCUUUAGAGUUAAGUGUUGUUAAAUGUGUUCCAUCGACAGCAAACGGAGUGAACAUAGCCACCAGUAGUUGCAGUUCUUGUAACAUCUUAUCUUCUACUACUGGUGCACCUACAUUGAGGCACUUCAAUGGAAUAGGUCCUGGAAAUGGUGUGAACGUCACACCUGCUCUACAUCCCACACCGAUAAUGACCACAAGUGUAAUAAUAUCAAACAACGGUAAUCUUGUCCAGGUACCAAUCGUGGCGCCACCCUCAUCCCUGCUAAUCGUGGGCAACGAGGAUGUUCGAUCGAAGAUUAAUCUUAAAAAUCGUCCUCCUGACGCCAGCUCUGCACGAUAUAGGAGCAAACGGGGUAAAUUUACCAUAAAAUCGAUUGAUCUUAUCCCGGGCAGGAUAGUGAACGGCAAGAUACCCAUACCACCGUUACGAAGAAGCACGUCCGAUACCUUGAAAUCUUCAAAAGCGCCCAGAUUGAAACGGAAGCGGUUGAUUGAAAAAUGUAUAAGAUUACGAAAAUCCAGCACACCAAGUACUACCACUACUAGACAGAGCAAAAGUCACGAUGCAUCGGCGGCAAAACGUGCACGGCUCCAUGAGAUCGGAAAAGCUCACAACGAAACGGUAGCGAAAGGUGAUGGCGAAACUCAACAAAAAGAAAACGAACACGAGCUUCAACAAUCGUCUUCGUUAGCAUCAGCAAUUAGUAAAAACGCAUCCAAGGAACAACAGAAAGAUGCUCAAUCGAAUGUGAAUGAUCUUGCACGGGAAACGCAACUGGAUAUAAGUUUAAAUCAAACUGAACUAGCGGAAGACAUUUUUGCAAAUCUGCACGUUGGCCCCGAUGGUUCGAAUGUGCAUGGAAAUAAUGAAGAUGGUACCCUAUCACCGACCGCAGCUUAUCUAAUGAGCUUUCCGAUUGUAGCCGGUGGUGGAAAAGCAGCAGGCAAUCACGCGGAUACCGGAGAAGGUGACGAAUGUCACGAUACGACGCCAAUAGAACACCCACCAUCGAAGUCUAACAUCAUUUCAACUAACGAACAAACGAAUGGUAUAAUAUUAGAUAGUUUUUCAUCGUAUUUCAACUAUGGACACAUUGAUACGAUGAGUGUUGGAAGCGUACCAACAGUGGGGCUUGAUGUUUCAACCCUCCAUUCGAUCCCUGCCUUGGCUACUAACGUAUCGGCAGCGGUGACGACAGCAUCCAGCACCAUUACGAUUACUGGCUCCUCCACGAAGGAAAACAGUUUCACCAAUUUCCCCACCAUUUACCAAUCGAUAGAUAAUAUGCUUGAUAACAGACCUGUAGCAGCAAACAGAUCGACAACGGUUGGUUCCACGAAUAGAUCACUCUCAACGGACACAGAAUUCCCCGGCAGUGCAACGUUCACAUUCACGCUUACAUCUAACACAUGUACAGCCCCGACGACGGCACAAUCUGCGAUCGGUUCGACACAUUUUUAUGGUUCUUCGUGUGGCGCACUUAACCCGGUGAAAACGGUAGACGAGUUUAGCUCAGUGAUCGAAAAACCAUCGAUCGAAUUCACAUUCUCGCUAACUAGCACGACCGCUUCACAGCCCCGAAACGUUCAAUCUCAGUAUACGAACAGUACGAUGCUAGCGACAACGAUGACCACACCGUCGUACGAGACGUACGGAUACUUUCACAAAACUGUUGCCAAACCGGCCAAUUAUUGUGCAUCAUUUAAUGUGCUCGAUCCGUUACUAGCAACCGAAAAGCCCGCCACCAGCUUUACGUUUAGCCUUACGUCCUCUACUAAGACGGAACCAGCAUAUGCGCAAUCCUCGAUUGUGACGGUGUCCUCCACCAACACUACGCAAACGUACGGAACGCCACCGAAGCUGUCCACCAAACAAUAUCAUCAGCCAACGGGAGACAACUUCCCGGCCAAGCAAACACCUGCUGCAAAGCCGGAUAAAGUCUCCCAGAGGACAAACAAAGGAAACGGCUUACAUCAUCAACAACAGAAUUCGCAGAAUCAAUCUCAGCUACAGCCAGCACCUCAACAGCAGACACAAUCCAAGUACGACGUUUCCUGGAUGGCAGCAGGAGUACAUAACGGCCAAUCCACAAUUUCAUCGCACAUCACUCAACAUCAACAACCACAGCAAACGAGCUAUGAGUCUGCCCCCUCGAUCGAGUUCCCGACAUCGGUAGGAUAUACCACCACGAGCAACUACAAAUCGGACAUCUUUUUCGCACAUCCACCAGGCGAAGAGCAUAACCUAACAUGGUCGUCCCCCAGCAAACUAUCCAACAUAUUGAACGAUAGUUCUUCUCCAUACUUUCCUCCCGUAACGCUUCCCACACUAAAUGGCGAUUUAGCACUCAACACCUCCGGGGGUGUUAAUUCAUUUGGCGGUGUGAGUGCUGGCACCAGCAAUAAGCCAACUACCGUUGGAAGCUGCAAGGUCGCUACUAAUCAUGUCAAGAAAUCGUACACGCACAGUAGCUCUGUUGGGACGGUACAGAAUGAAGCACCAUCCAGUGGUAGCUUCCUGUCAGUAAGCCAGCUCGUGAAUGAGCCCUCGAAAUCCUAUUCCAGCAGUACGAACAGCAAUGUUGCAAUGGGCAGCAAUUCCGGCAUUUGUACACAGAAACCGACUAACAAUAACUAUUCCGCCGAGGCUUUGAUAGGAAACUCGUACUCCACUCACUCGAGCUAUCCAUCCGUUGGGCUCGAGAAUGGACGGAAGGAUAAGACGUUUGAUUACGGCUCUAACACGCUGGAGAGUGCUGCAAGUACAGCAGGUCCACUCAUACUAAACUUCGAUUCGUUUGGAAACUCCUCCGGGAUGGAUUACAAUAAGGGAUACAAUUUUGGUAACCAGCAAAACGGGUACAUUACCUCGUCGUACGGAGAAACCACGUACAACGGGUCCGGGAAUUGCGGUGCAUCGAACUCUGCCACCUCGGCCAGCAUACCUUACUACGGGAAGUCAUCAGUAACGCAAGGUUACUACAACCAAUCGAAUUCGGAAGGUUCAAUGUUGGAGACGGGAUCUUCUGCAACCGUUACCAACUAUCCCAACACCAGCCAUCCCCAAUCGAUGGGACAAGAUUAUACACCCUACUAUCUUCCAUCCUUUGGGGAGAAAAAGCAAUAUCCCGCAUCAACUCAUGGUGGGCCUUCCGAGCACUCGGGUGCGAAAAGUAAGAAAAGCCACAAACCAAGCACUACUGUUCCUGCGGUGGAAUAUGCCGGCCAUACUACUGUCACCUCUACGAUGGUUUCUACCACCAUGAGUUCUAGUACCUCAAGCUAUACCUACACGUCUUUGGGGAAUGUGUCAAACAAUGCAAUAAUUGGAUCGUCCGGAUCAUUGGAGCAUAGCGCAUCGCAAAUGGAUGCUUCAUUGUACCCAAACUACCACCAUCAUCACCGUCACAACUAUCACCAGCAACAGCAACAGCAACGAUUGCCAAAUCAACAACCUGGCAAUAUGGCAUCAGACGCUUACAGCACUUCCUCCUCAGCAACGGUCAGUCGCAAGCCUUCGACGGCAACCACCAGCACUGCUUCAUCGUACCACUACACGCAAUAUUCGUCCGAAAAAAUGCUCCAACCCGCUCAUCACGACACUCACCAGCAACAACCGUCAGCUUACUCAGCAUCAUUCGCUGGUGGCCACCAUCAUGCUCAUCAUUUGAAUCUUUCGUCCUGCAUAAAUCCCGCACCGGCAGUUAGCUAUGCGAACGUGCAUUCUACACAGUCUGCCUACGGUCAAACGUCCAGCUCCCAUCAGGGGCACUACUACCGACAGGCACACCAUCAGCAGCAACACCAGCAACUACCGGGCAUGGCGUCCAGCACGGUGGCUCCCGUACCCAACAGUAGCAGUGCCUCGAGUAGCACCAUAACAAACUUCAACCUGAGCACAAUAUGUCCGGAAAUUAACGACAAAACUGGUCGCUCAAGGGAUGGCCGAUCAGCUGUAACGUCCGUACCGGGAACGGUAGCUGCAUCCGUUCCCUCUAUAAUAGCACAUUGGUAA